AUGUGGAAUUCCAAGACGCAAGAUAUUGAAGUCAAAGCCGGUGUAAAAAAGAAGGCUAAAUUCUGCCCCGAAGCUCUCGACCUCCCUCGUCAACCUCUUCCUCUCCAAACAGCAUCCUUUGCUAAAAACCAAACCGCUUUCCUAAAUCCUCUGCUCCAAAUAGAUCAACUAGGAAAAAAAGGUGAGCAGCCAGCAGACCUGAGACAACGUCUCACAGAAGACCACCUGGCCAAGCACUUUCCCAUCAGCAACUGGGUGCACAUCUAUACCGACGGCUCCCUGGACAACGCCUCUGGCAACACGGGCUUUGGCCUGUACUGCUUCGCCUUCCAAGAAUCCCACCCAAUGCCCUCCGGCUCGAGCUGUUUUGACGCCGAGUGUGCUGCAAUAGUAAGAGCCGCUGAGAGCAUCCUGGAGCAGCCAACCUUUCCCCUCAACAAAACAAGAUUUGUCAUCCUCUCUGACAGCAAAGCAGCCAUCCAAUCCAUCGCCAACAUCACCAACUACCACCCAACCUCCCUCAACUUCAAGAAGGCCCUAGUCAAAUUAAGAGAAAAAAACUACGAACUAAGUCUGCAGUGGAUUCCUAGUCACACAAAUAUCCAUGGAAACGAGCUAGCCGAUGCCCUAGCAAAAAUGGGCUCCAAAAAGCCCCCUCUCAAAUCAAAUGGACUCUCCCUCGACGCGGCUAAGGACAAGAUAAGGACCAAGAGAAAAACCGCAGUUGAAGCAAAACAUGAGCUCCAGAGUAGACAUAAGCCAUGGAGAGAGGAGGUGAAAAAAGGGCCUGAUAGAAACUGGCCAAGAUCAGUUGCCACUGCCCAGCUGAGGCUGGCCACAGAACACGACGGCCUGCAGCACUAUUUGAAUAAAUUCAACAUAACAAAGGAACCAGCAACAUGUAAAUUAUGUAAAUUAGAUGUGCAAGACAGGGCACACCUUUUUAACUGUGCCGUCCUUUUAAACCAAAUUGACCCCCUGCAAAACCUGAGCAGGACAGAAAUUGAAUCUCAACUCUAUUGGAUUGCUCGAAGAAUGAAUAGCUGA